CAAAAAUGCGACAGCGGAUCUGAGAUCAUGCCGGUACGUCCUGCUGUAUCUUGGUCGUCGACUUUGAGGCUGCCCAAGUCCUCAUUCCCGUAAGCAAAUAACGAAACCUCUUCAUAGUCCGAUCAUUAUCCAAUUACUGAAACUUCUUCAGUCCUCGACCACUGCUGGCAGACCAAGGGAAAUAUCUCAAGCGAUGUACCGAUGACCUGUACGAAUGGCAGAGCCACGAGCGCUCUGCCCAGAAGCCAUUUGUUCUCCAUGAUGGGCCACCCUAUGCCAAUGGGAGUCUGCAUAUCGGGCAUGCGCUGAACAAGAUCUUGAAGGAUAUUAUUUGCAGGGUUAAGAUUCAGGAUGGUAUGUGAUGGAAGAGGUGCUAGAGCCGUUCACGCGCUAAUGCCUCUUGAAAUCCAGGUCGGAGAGUGGUUUACGUUCCUGGCUGGGAUUGCCACGGUCUUCCUAUCGAAAUUAAAGCAUUGGAGCAACAGCGGGGAAACGAUAGUACUGGGGAGCGCCAGUUAGACGCAGUAGGCGUGCGGGCUGCGGCUAGAGAGCUUGCAACAACGACGGUGAAGCAGCAAAAGAAGGGCUUUCGAGAAUGGGGAGUUAUGGGUGAUUGGGACAAGGCCUGGAAAACCAUGGACAAAUCAUUCGAGAUCAAGCAACUGCGUGUCUUCCAAGAGAUGGCAAAGCGAGGCCUCAUUUUCAGGCGCUUUAAACCCGUAUACUGGUCACCUUCCUCGAGAACGGCAUUGGCGGAAGCUGAAUUGGAAUAUAAUGAGCAACAUGUUUCUACAGCGGCAUAUGUCAAAUUUUCAAUAACAGAAAUUCCGGAGAAAUUGCGAGCAAAGCUGGGGGAAUUGAAGAAUAUCCACGCCAUAGUUUGGACGACUACUCCUUGGACCUUACCAGCUAACAGAGCAAUUGCUAUACACAAUGAGCUGGAAUGUUCCAUCUUAAAGAGCGGCUCAGAUCACUUCUUGGUGGCCAGUAGCAGGGUUGAUGCGAUCAAAGAAGCAUGUUUUGCGGAAGUUCCCCUGGAAAUAGUAGUCAAGUCAAUCUUGGGUCGGGAACUGCAAGGAACGAAGUACAUUAACACGCUUCGAGGGAAAAAAUCACAACCUCAGCCUUUAAUUCAUGCAGAUUUUGUUUCUGCUGAUUCUGGAUCCGGUAUUGUCCACAUGGCUCCAGGGCAUGGUAUGGAUGACUAUGAAGUUUGCACUGGUCUUGGAAUAGAAGCUGUUGCUCCUGUCAAUGAUCUAGGUUGUUUCACAGAAUCUGCUUUUCCAGAUGAUCCCUCUGCAUUGGCAGGACAGCCUGUGCUUUCCGGUGGUAGCCAAGCAGUUUUGGGUAUUCUGAAUGACAAGGUAUUGGCAACUCACAAGUAUAAACACAAGUAUCCUUAUGACUGGCGAACCAAGCUUCCUACCAUUAUCCGGGCAACUGAACAGUGGUUCGCAGAUGUUGGAAAUGUUAAAGAAAACGCUCUAAGAUCUCUGUCUGAUGUGAAAUUUAUUCCCGAUGCUGGAAAAUCUAGACUUGAGAGUUUCGUCAAAAGCCGCAGCGAGUGGUGCAUUUCUAGACAACGCGCUUGGGGCGUCCCUAUUCCAGCACUAUACAACGAAGAUGGUGUUGCAGUCCUCACGGAUGAAAGUGUAGCCCAUAUAAUUGCAACUAUCGAGAAACGAGGUAUUGAUGCUUGGUGGACAGAUUCUCCUAUCGAACCAGCUUGGAUUGCACCUGGGUUGAAAGGGACUUAUCUUCGUGGCAAGGAUACUAUGGAUGUCUGGUUUGAUAGUGGGAGUAGUUGGACUCAGACGUCUGGGCAGGCUGAUGUCUAUCUCGAGGGUACAGAUCAACACCGAGGAUGGUUUCAAUCUAGCCUUUUGACUCAUGCAAGCGCAUCUGGCAAUACCUAUGCACCUUUCAAAACACUAAUCACUCAUGGCUUUACACUUGAUCAGAAAGGGAAAAAGAUGUCAAAGUCGAUUGGCAAUGUUAUUGCGCCUGGUCAGAUCAUGGAUGGAUCCCUACUCCCACCGGUAAAUCUUAUGAGCAUUGUUCUGAAGAAAGCUGACAUUUUUAGGCCAAAGUUAAGAAGAAGUCAAGCGGCCCCAUAUCUCAAGCUCUUGGAGCAGAUGCUCUGCGUCUAUGGGCCGCAAGUAGCGAUUAUACAAGAGAUGUGGUGGUUGGUCAGUCGGUUCUCAGCUUCAACCAUACUGCGUUGCUCAAGUACCGGAUGACCAUCAAGAUGCUGCUGGGGUCGAUGCAUGAAUCUGCCAGAACUGCGCCACGAUCAAAGCUCGAUGAGAUCGCUCUUCUUCAAUUGAAAAACGUCAUGAGUGAGGUUAAAACCGCUUACGACAACUACGAGUUCCACAAAGGCGUGAAUGCUAUUAAUAAAUGGAUUGCAAGUGACCUUUCUGCAUUCUAUCUCGAAGCCAUGAAGGAUCGACUUUACUGUGGCGAUGGCGGGGGAGUGCUAGAGAACAUAUUCAUUGGCUUGAUGAAGAUGCUGGCCCCUAUUACCCCAAAUCUCGUAGAAGAAUCUUGGGCUCAUCGGCCAGAAUGGAUGACAGCAGAGGAUCAAGAUCAUCCUGGGCGUCGUCCAUUCUUUGAACCCAUCACUUCUCCUAGCUCAUCAACCGACCAAACAAUUUUCACACCCGCUCUCUUGAGGUUUCUCUCCAUUACAAAUACCGCCGUCAAGUCGGCGCAAGAGGAAGCAAGAGCAAAGAAACUCAUUGGAUCCUCACUCGAAUCCUCAGUUCUUCUAAGCCUCCCACCUGGCGUGCAAGGAUACUACGAUCAGCUCUCCGACGAACUGGCUAGUAUCUUUGUAGUCUCCAAGAUCGAAGUCAUUCCUUAUAACGAAGAACCAACAAAUGCUGUAGCAUGGAAAUUCCCCGCUGAAGUCACAUGGGGCGACGACGCGGCGUCACAACCUUGGAAGUUAUGGGUUGUUCCUGCAGAGGAAUACAAGUGUCCACGCUGCUGGAGGUUUGUAGCGCCAGUUGAGAAUGAGUUGUGUGGGAGGUGUGAAGAGGUUGUUGGAGAUGUGAAAUAAGGAUCCUACCUACGGCUGUGUAUUUGUAUGUAAAAAGAGAGAUGUGUCACGAGUAUAGAUACCCUACUAUCUUAUGAAGAAAG